AUGAGUGCCGCGCAGUCUUACUCCAACUCCAGUAAUAGUAAAUAUUUAUCAGUAUUUAAACAUGUCAAGUUCGAGCAUUUGGUCGCUGGUGGGGCUGGGGGCCUCAUUUCAUCUGUGGCUUUACAUCCUUUUGAUCUUAUCAAAAUUCGUUUUGCUGUCAAUGAUGGACAGUCAAAAAUUCAUCGAAACUAUACAGGCUUUGUAAAUGCUGUUCAAAACAUAGUCAGGAGUGAAAGUUUUGCUGGACUCUACAGCGGCGCAGUUCCCAGUAUUGUUGGUGCAGCUUUUUCUUGGGGAUCUUAUCUUUUGAUAUACAAUUUUUUUAAAAGUUAUAUACAAGAUGGCAACGAUGAAAAAGCUUUGAAUGCGUCGAUGAAUACCUUGUGCGCAGCUAAUGCUGGAGUUAUUACUUUGUUGAUGUCAAAUCCAAUUUUUGUUAUUAAAACCAGAUUAUGCUUACAAUAUUCCAAAGGAGCAAAUCUUCCAGAAUCCAAAAGAUAUACAGGAAUGAUUGAUGCCGUUCACAAAAUUAGUAAAAAUGAAGGUAUUCGUGGAUUGUACAAGGGGCUUGUACCUGGCUUAUUUGGUGUAUCGCAUGGUACUCUACAAUUCGUAGUUUAUGAAGAAAUGAAGAAUCAAUACAACAUACAUUUGAAUCACCCAGUUAAUAGAAAAUUAGAAACCAAAGAAUACACAACAUUUGCAGCUUUCUCAAAAUUAUUUGCUUUAGCUGUUACUUAUCCUCAUCAAGUAUUAAAAACACGUUUGCAUGAUGUUAAUCAUAACUAUACAGGUACAAUCGAUUGCAUAAAACGAAUAUGGAAACAUGAAGGUAUUCAUGGUUACUACAAAGGCUUAAACGUGAACUUGUUAAAAGUGCCUGCCACAGUUAUAACAUUGGUUGUUUAUGAAAAUAUUAAAAAUCAUCUCUUGAAAUCAAAAAGUGAAGAAUUUCAAAGUGUAAAAACAGUGAACAACCUAGAAAUAAAAAAACUGUAA